AUGGCGAGACCUAUUGAAGCUGUCAAAGAUAUCAAUGACUCAAAGGAUUCAUGGAAGAUAGUUGUUAGUUGUAAACAUUUAUGGAGUCUUAUCAAUGCUUCAACCAAAGAACAGUUGGAGAUGAUUUUGCUCGAUAUGAUUCAAGGGAUUGUGCCUCCUUUUUUGGUUCAAAAAUUGAAGAUGCAACUUCAAGUUGGAUGUUCUUACAUCAUGCAAAAUUUUAAGGUUUCAAACAAUGAUUUUUCUUUUAGGUCUACCAAGCAUAGUUUCAAAUUGGUUUUAUGUGGUUCAACUUCGGUUAAAAAGACAGAACUGGUUGAUAUUCCUGUAAACUACCUUAACAUUCAUGGGUUGGAUUUAAUAACUGAGGGAAGAUUUAAGUAUAAUGUGUUGGUUGAUAUUGUUGGAGGAGUAACUGAGAUCUCUCAGUCCCAAAUAAUUGUUGAUAACAAUAAGAGCAAUGUUGUUUUCACAAUGACUGGCAUGAGCAAAGAAGUUGUUCAAUGUACUAUGUGGGGUAAACUUGUUGUGCAACUUUACGAAUAUUACAUGAAUCAUAAGGAAGAUGGCAAUAUCGUUGUUCUACUAAUUAAUGCAAGGGUUAAGAAGCCUCAAGGAGAUUAUCCGUUGAGUAUUUCGAAUGCAUGGAACGACACAAAAUUGGUGAUUAAUGAUGUUAGCAUUGAGGAGAUUAACAAGCUUAAAGAAAGCCUUAAAAAUGAUUUACCAUUGUUGUCGUCUUCGAGUCUGCAAGUGGACGCAACACAAAACUCCCAAUUUUCUGAGUUUGAUAAGUUUGUGUGGAAAGCCGAAAUUUUGAGCCUUUCGGAUAUUGCAAUUUUGCAACAUUCCGAUGAAGAUGAUCCUCUUGAAUUCCCCUAUGAACUUGGUGCAAUUCUCAAAAAGGAGUUGGCUAUAAGAGUUUUUUUCAGCAUAAUAAGGCCCGACUAUCUGUCAUUGGCUACAAAGUACACGAGGAUACCCCAUACAUCAAAGCUUAAAACAUCGGAUCAUUUGGAGCAGGAUCAACUAAUAAGUGUUUAUAAUUUCAAAUAUAAUAUAGAUUGUUCCGAAAAAACUGAAACCAAAGUAUAG